CAGCGUGGAGAGGGGCGCAGCGGAUGCGGACCAGGAUCCCAUAGCAGGGGUAACCGACCCAUCACUGCCCCUCCAGACUUUUUUUCCCUGCCAAUAUUCGCAGCUCUGGAAUUCCCGCCAUCCCAUGAGGCAGCUCCACCCCUGGCACAGUGGGGUUAAGUUCACUUGCACCUACCGACCAAUGGCUGUGCGCAGCGCCUUCGCGGCGUCUCCUGAUUGGUGGACACGCAGGGUGGGCGGGAGGAGAGGACUCCCCCCCCUCUGCCCAGGGAUGCACUUAAAAGGCUGUGGCAGUGGUGGCUGCCUGCGUGCACAGAUCACCUCCGCCAUGAGCAGCGCGGCAGGCCCGGACCUAGCGGAGGCGCCCGAGGAGCGGUGUUUCCUCAGCACCGCGGAGGCAGCUGCCCUGGAGCGGGAGCUGCUGGAAGAUUAUUGCUUCGGGCGGCAGCAGCUGGUGGAGUGGUGCGGCCAUGCUAGUGCCGUGGCUGUGACCAAGGUGUUCCCUUUGCCUGCUCUCUCCCGGAAGCAGAGGACGGUGCUAGUGGUGUGCGGCCCGGAGCAGAAUGGGGCAGUGGGGCUGGUCUGUGCCCGGCACCUGCGGGUGUUUGAGUACGAACCAACCAUCUUCUACCCCACACGCUCACUGGACCCGCUGCACCGGGACCUGACUACCCAGUGUGAGAAGAUGGACAUCCCCUUCCUGUCUUAUCUGCCCACGGAGGUCCAGCUCAUCAACGACGCCUACAGGCUGGUGGUGGAUGCCGUGCUGGGCCCCAGUGUGGAGCUGGGCGAGGUCGGGGGCCCCUGCACGCGUGCACUGGCAACGCUCAAGCUGCUGUCCAUCCCCCUCGUGAGCCUGGACAUUCCCUCAGGCUGGGACCCAGAGACCGGCAGCCACGCCGAGGACGGGCUACGACCCGACGUGCUCGUGUCGCUGGCGGCGCCCAAGCGCUGCGCCGGCCGCUUCUCCGGGCGCCACCACUUCGUGGCCGGCAGGUUCGUGCCCGACGACGUGCGCCGAAAGUUCGCUCUGCGCCUGCCGGGGUACACGGGCACCGACUGCAUCGCGGCGCUUUGA